GUGAAAUAAAUUUAAACAUUUUAAAUCUAUUGAAUAAAUUUCUUAUCGAUAAUAUUAAUAAUUUUAAAACCAAUGUUAAAUUUUUGAGAAUCAUGAACUGUUUUUACUUUAUUAUUUAUAAGGAUACAACUCAAAAUUUUAUUUAAAAAUAGGUACACGAUUUGUUUAUCAAAUAAAUACUAAGAAAUUUUUAAAAACAACCAUUAAUUGUGGCCAACCUACUUAUGAAACACAUCCUCAUUUGUUGUGUAAAAAUGAAGUGAACAUCAAGUGUUUUUAAAAUGAAUUGAAAGAUAGCAUACAUAGGGCGAUUUCAAUGGAAUUCAUUUUGCUUUUUUGUCUUGCAAAAUUUGUUUCUUUAGCAUACACCGAUCUCUUUGAAAGGUUAUUCCAGGAAUAAAAAAAGAAGAAUUUUUAUCUAGACAACGCAGUUUAAUGAGAUCUGUAGUAACCAGAAAAAGUGAUGUCUAUCAUAUACUAGUUAUACCAUCAGCUGUAAGAAAAUACAUGUCUGAUCAUAUUCCAUAUCCAUUUCGUCAAAAUUCUGAUUUCUUAUAUCUUAGCGGAUGUCAAGAAACAGAUUGUGCUCUUGUAUUAUUUGGUGAUUCAGACAGUAACUUUUCAUCAACUUUAUUCUUAAAACCACCUGAUCCUCAAGCUGAAUUAUGGAAUGGCCCUAGUUCAAGAGCUGAUGAUGCCUCAUUUAUUUUUGGAGUCACAAAUGGUAAAAUUUUGCCUCAGCUCUCAAGUUUCUUAACCAAUAAGAUUCAAAACCAUAAAAAGUGUGUAUUAUGGUAUAAUCAGAAACAAAAAGUGCAGAGUUUUGUUGAUAAAACUGUAAAUAGUGUUGCUCUUGAAAACAAAAUCUAUAUUAAUGAUUCAUUAGACAAUCAUUGUCACAAAUUACGGUUGUAUAAGUCUUCAUCAGAACAAAAAUUGAUGCGAAAAAGCUGUCAAAUAGCCUCAAAAGCUUUUAUUAAAGCUAUGAAAUCAACAAAACCUGGGUCUACAGAACAUGAACUUUAUGCUACAAUAGAUUACGAAUGUCGAAUGGGAGGAGCUGAAUUUCUUGCAUAUCCUCCUGUAGUAGCCUCUGGUAUCAAUGCUAAUACAUUACAUUAUAUUGAUAACAAACAAAAAAUUUCAAAUGGAGAAUUGAUUCUUGUUGAUGCAGGGUGUGAGUAUCAUGGAUAUUCAAGUGAUAUAUCUCGUACAUGGCCAGCAAAUGGAAAGUUUACUGAUACCCAAAAAACUUUGUACGAGGCAACAUUGAGUGUUCAAAAAGACUUGAUAGAGAUGUGUCAUGCAAGAUCUUCUUUAGAUGCAUUGUAUGAUGCUAUGUGUUAUAAACUUGGUAAAGCAUUAUCUGAAGCGCAUGUAUUUAAAAAAAAUGUUCAGGAUCCCAAAGAUUUGGCAAUGUUGUCAAGAACAUUAUGUCCACAUCACGUCAGUCAUUACUUAGGUAUGGAUGUUCAUGAUACUGGCACUGUAAAAAAAAAUAUUGAGAUUGAAUCUGGUUUUAUAUUCACAGUAGAACCUGGUGUUUACAUUAAUCAGAACAACAAUUUUGUUCAUGAUGAAUUUUUGGGUUUGGGUAUAAGAAUUGAAGAUGAUAUAUUAGUAACAGAUAAUAGUAUUGAAGUAUUAAGUGCAAAUUGCCCAAAAGAAGUGGAAGAUAUUGAACGAAUAAUGUCAAUCAGUAAUAAUUGAAUAGUGAUAAUAAUCUAGUUCUUGUUAAAUCAUUUUAGUUGAGUUACUUCUAUCAUUUUACUUUUGGAUGUUCUAUAAAUUUUAUAAUCAAUUUUUAUUAAAAUUUUGGCUGUGUUUA